ACCGUCGCCCUUCGUGAGAUCCGUCGUUACCAGAAGUCGACCGAGCUGCUCAUCCGCAAAUUGCCGUUCCAACGUCUUGUUCGUGAAAUCGCUCAAGAUUUCAAGACUGAUCUGCGUUUCCAGUCGUCGGCUGUGAUGGCUCUUCAAGAGGCCUCUGAAGCGUACCUCGUUGGUCUGUUCGAAGACACCAACUUGUGCGCUAUUCAUGCCAAACGUGUCACCAUCAUGCCCAAGGACAUCCAGCUGGCCCGCCGUAUCCGUGGUGAACGAGCAUAA